AUGCAUCUCCUCACCGUUCUCAGCCUAGCCCAGCUAGGCCUGGGCACAACCACCCUCAUCCCAACCACCUGCUUCGACUCCUACGCCUCGCUGGAGAAAUACUUCGACUACCUCUACCCGUGGGGCUCCGACCACAACGGCGCAGCCCGCAUGGUCGGCAACUCCACCGACCACGAAUACAUCUCCGUCAACUCCAGCACCUUGACACUGGUCGCAAAGCCCGUGACCGGUCAGCCGCCCACCAGCAGCGGUGUGGCGAUCAACUAUCUCUCCGGAACCGUGUAUGCGGCGCAGACGUUCACCGUAGAAGCAGGCUCGGGAUUCGACAUCCAGGCGGAGUUCCAGGCUCCCACGGAGAAGGGCACCUGGCCUGCCUUUUGGCUGACGGGAGUAGAUUCCUGGCCGCCUGAGAUCGAUCUUGCGGAAUGGAAGGGCACUGGGGAUAUCAGUUUCAAUACGUUCAAUACUUCGUCUGAGGUCGAGGCCGUGAAUGUCGAUUAUCCGUCCCCCGAUGAGUUCCAUACUGUGAGAGGCGAGAUCCGGGAUGAGGAUGGGUCGAACAUCUCGGUCAAGUUUUAUCUCGACGGGGAGCUUGUCACCACGGAAUAUGGCGAGGAUUAUAUUGGCAAGCCGCUGUAUUUGAUCAUUGAUCUCCAGAUGGAGGGAUCGUCUGGAUCGCCUGGUCCAACAACGGACACGUACUACCUGAUCCGGAACUUGUCUUUCGAGCAGAUCUAGGAGGGGUGAUUGAUUGAUGGGAGAAGUUGGGAAGAUAGUAGUAGUAGUAGUUAAUUAGAGGGAGGAGUAGCAGGAGUGACUAGUCCUAAUCCAGUAACAAAUGCAUCCAAGUAUAGCUGACUCAGCGUCUGCACAACCUGUCAUAAUCAC